AUGCGGAAUGUUGUUGUGAUAGACGGCGCACAUUUGAAGGGUAAAUAUGGCGGUUGUCUGUUAACCGCGAGCUGCCAAGAUGGAAACUACCAGCUCUUCCCUAUCGCUUUCGGGAUUGUCGACGGCGAGAACGACAACGCCUGGAUCUGGUUCUUCCGUAAGCUGAUUGAGGUGAUACCAGACAGACAUGACUUGGUGUUUGUCUCUGACCGUCAUAAUACACGGGUGUAUCCCAUGGCGCAGCACUGCGCGUGCGUGGUCCAUCUGCAGAGGAACAUCCAGGCCAUUUUCAAAAAACGUCCCCUCAACUACAUGGUAUCCAAAGCCGCGCGCGCUUUCCUCCAAUCGGAUUUCUACGACCACUUUGAGGAGAUCCAUGAAACGGAUGAGGGUUGCGCCAGCUACCUAACUGCGAUUGGGUAUGAACACUGGGCGAGAUCCCAUUUCCCAGGGGUGUGCUACAACAUAAUGACGAGUAACGUCGCUGAAUCUCUCAACAAUGUCCUCCUCGGUGCGCGUGACCACCCAAUUGUCCCAUUAAUCGAGUGCAUCCGGGCAACACUGAUGUGUUGGUUUGCGACGCGCCGCGAAGAUGCUAAUAGCUGUGGUACCACUUUAACCCCCAAGAUGGAGGAGUUGCUGGCAAAGAAUUUCGAAAUGUCAACUGGGUUCGCGUAUCACAAAAUUAAUGCUGGCGAGCAUGAGAUUAGGAACAAAGAAGGAGUUCCUUACAUGGUUAAUCUGGAAACCCAAACCUGCAGUUGUCAGGAAUUCCAGAUGCUUCGUUAUCCAUGCUCCCAUGCCGUGGUGGCCGCUAUCCGUUCAAAUACAAGGGUCGACUCUUUAGUAGUGGCGGAGUACACCAAGGCUUUCUGGAUUAAGGCAUACGAGUGCAACAUUUAUCCGGUGACUGCGACUGCCCCAAUUGAAACUGUCGGUGACGACUUUUCCGGGCUCAACCUCCUUCCCCCUCGAACAAGACCCCCCCCUGGAAGGCCACGCAAGACAAGAAUCCGCUCCUGUGGAGAGAUAGGGUUAGGACAACCAAAACGUUUCACCGUCUGUGGGCGCUGUGGUGGCUUCGGCCAUAACCGCGCGACUUGUAAGAUGCCUAUCUAG